AUGGAGACGAUGAUGGACAGAGAGUGCAGCGCCCUGGGGGGGCUUUUCCAGACUGUCAUAGGAGACAUGAAGGGCAGUUAUCCCGUCUGGGACGACUUCAUCAGCAAGGCCAGCAAGCUGCAGUCGCAGCUCAGGACGACGGUCGUCGCGGUAGCAGCCUUCCUGGACGCCUUUCAGAAGGUGGCCGACCUGGCGACCAACAGCCGAGGAGGAACCAGAGACAUCGGCUCGGCCCUCACCAGGAUGUGCAUGAGGCACCGCAGCAUCGAGGCCAAACUCCGCCAGUUCUCCAUGGUGUUUCUGGACUGUCUGAUCAACCCUCUACAGGAGCAGACGGAGGAGUGGAAGAGAGUAGCCAACACUCUGGACAAAGACCACGCCAAAGAGUACAAGAAGGCCCGUCAGGAGAUCAAGAAGAGAUCUUCAGACACUCUGAAGCUUCAGAAGAAAGCAAAGAAAGCGGACGUGUUCGGCCGUGGGGACCUGCAGCCUCAGCUGGACAGCGCCAUGCAGGAGGUCAGUGAUAAGUACCUCCUGCUGGAGGAGACGGAGAAGCAGGCGGUCAGGAGGGCUCUGGUGGAGGAGAGGAGUCGCUUCUGCUGCUUCACCUCCAUGCUGAAGCCCGUCGUGGAGGAGGAGAUGUCCAUGCUGGGGGAGAUCACCCACCUCCAGACCCUGACCGACGACCUGAAGGCUCUCACCAUGGACCCCCACAAGCUGCCGGCCUCCAGCGAGCAGGUGAUCGUAGACCUGAAGGGCUCCGAGAGCACCUGGUCCUACCAGACUCCGCCCUCGUCGCCGAGCACCACCGUAUCCAGGAAGUCCAGCAUGUGCAGCAGCCUGAACAGCGUGAACAGCAGCGACUCUCGCUCCAGUGGCUCGCACUGCCACUCCCCCACCUCCCACUUCCGCUACCGCGCCUCCUCGUCCUCCUCCUCGGUGCUCCCCCAGCAGCCGCCGGCCCGCCUCUCCUCCAUCUCCUCCCACGACUCCGGCUUCAUCUCCCAGGACGCCUUCCAGUCCAAGUCCCCCUCCCCCAUGCCCCCGGAGAGCUCCCAGUUGUCAAAUGGUUCCGACCACCACGGCGCCCUCUGUCUGCACGGAGCGGCACUGCAGGUCCAGGACUCCCACCUCCACCCUCCAUACUUCACCUCCUCCUUCUCCUCCUCCACCACCACCUCACCCAUCUCCUCGCCCUCCUAUUCGUGCGUUUCCCCCACGUGGGCGUGGUCCCGUUCGGGCUCCGGCCAAUCGGGAGAGGGCCCGCCCCUCGGAGCGACCUCGGCGUCCAGAGUCCCGACUUGGAAGGACUGGGCCAAACCGGGACCGUACGACCAGUCGAUGGUCAACACCCUGAAGAGGAGCAGGGACAGGAGGGAGACUACAGAUCCCAGCAGCCACCACGGCGCCGACGUCACCGCCACGGGGGAGGAGCCACAGGGGAUGAGAGGAAACCACUCACACAAGGUCAGAGGGCCUGUGACGUUGAACCGGCAGGAGGACCGGGAGACCCACGAGGAGCUGGCCCGGGCACUGGCCCGAGGCCUCCGCCUGGACAUCCACGGGUCCAGCAGAGACUCCCUGCAGGGAUCCAGUGGCUACAGCAGCCAGACACACACACCCUGCUGCUCGGAGGACACCAUCCACUCACAAGUGUCGGACUGCGACUACUUCUCCGUGGGGGCGGACCACGAGCAGGACUUUGACAAGUCGUCCACCAUCCCGAGGAACAGCGACAUCACGCAGUCGUACCGCCGCAUGUUCCAGACCAAGCGCCCGGCCUCCACCGCCGGGCUGCCCUGCAACCCCUCGGCCAUCGUCACCCCGGGGGUCGCCACCAUCCGACGGACGCCGUCCUCCAAACCCAACUUGCGGCGGCCCUCCGGGGGUCUCGGCUCGGGCCCCAUACCCAUCAAGCCCCCCAUGAUCCCGGUCAAGACCCCCACCGUGCCGGACCACCCCGGAUUCCCCGGCAGGGCGGCGGAGGACGGCGACGCGACGCGAAGCCCGCUGAGCCCCGCCUCCACCCCUCUGUCGCCGAGAGCCGGCCCGUGGGAGAGCCGGCCCCCGAGCGAAGCCUCGGACCCCCCCGCGCCGCCGCCGCCCGGCGCCCGGCCGUCAGAGUGGGAGCGCCGGCCCCUCCCGGAGCUCCUGGAGGAAUCGGAGUACGGCGAGGUGGAGGAUUUUCUGGUGGCCAUCCGACGAGGCGUCCGGCUCAAGAGGGCGUCGACCAAUGACCGAUCGGCGCCGUGCAUUUACUGA